AUGGCGCCCUCGGAGCUGCUGCCUAGGGUCUGCGGGACUUCACCCAUCACCCUGCUUCUGGUCUGCUGUCUGCUGCCCCCAGGUGCCCAGGGACAGCAGUUCCCACUGAGGCUGGAGGUCCAGACCCCCGUGGUGCCUGCCGGAGGGUCCUUGUUGGUCAACUGCAGUACAGAUUGUCCCAAUCCUAAACUCAUCACCCUAGAGACAUCCCUAUUCAAGGAGGCAGUGGGCAAUGGCCUGGGCUGGGCAGCCUUCCAGCUCAGCAAUGUGACUAGUGACAGCCAGGUCUUCUGCUCCGGCUUCUGCAAUAACAUCCAGAUGAAAUGCUCCUCUAACAUCACAGUGUACCGGUUCCCGGAGCGAGUGGAGCUGUUACCCCUACCCCGCUGGCAGCCCGUGGGUGAAAACUUCACUCUGCGCUGCCAGGUGGCCGGUGGGACGCCCCGGGACAGCCUCUUCGUGGUGCUGCUCCGCGGGGAGGAGGAGCUGAGCCGGCAGCCGGCCUCUAGGGAGCCCGCCGAGGUCGAGGUCACGGUCCCGGUGCUGGCGGGCAGAGACGACCACCUCGCCAAUUUCUCCUGUCGCACAGACCUGGACCUGAGGCCCCAAGGGCUGAGACUGUUCCAGAACAUCUCGGCCCCCAGGCAGCUCCGAACUUUUGCACUGCCCAUGACCACUCCACACCUCGUUGUCCCUCGGUUCUUGGAGGUGGGAACGACUUCGUCCCUGAACUGCACCCUGGACGGGCUGUUCCCGGCCUCCGAGGUCCAGGUCCAACUGGCGCUGGGGCACCAGACUCUGAAUUCUACGGUCGAGAGCCACGGGAACACGAUCACGGCUACGGCCACAGCCACAGCGAGCGUGGGGCAGGAGGGCACCCAGGAGGUUAUCUGCAACAUGACAUUGGGGAGCGACAGCAGGGAGGCCCGGGAGAACUUGACCAUCUACAGCUUCCAGGGUCCCAUCCUAAACCUGAGUGAGCGCAGCGCCCCCGAGGGAACCGCAGUGGUUGUGACUUGCUUGGCCGGACCCCGAGUCCGGGUCACGCUGGAGGGUCUUCCAGCUGCGGGGCCUGGACAGCCUGCCCAGUUUCAGCUAAACGCCACCGAGAGGGACGACAGGCGCAUUUUCUUCUGCAAUGCCAGCCUCGAGAUGGAUGGGAAUAUCUUACAAAGAAACAGCAGCGUCCAGUUGCGUGUCCUGUACGGUCCCAAGAUUGACCAAGCCAAAUGUCCUCAGCGCUUGACGUGGAAAGAUAAGACUAUCCAUCUCCUGCAGUGCCAGGCUCGGGGCAACCCGGACCCCCAGCUGCACUGUUUCCAGGAAAGCUCCGGGGUCGAGGUGCCCAUCGGGAUCCCAUUCCUCGUCGGGUUAAACUAUAGUGGUACCUACUCCUGCAAGGCGGCCAGCUCACGAGGCACACACACUUUGACUGUGGUGAUGAACGUUCGGGCUCAGAACUCCCACGCCGUCACCAUCGUCCUGGGGGUGUUAGUGGUUCUGGGCGUGGUGACUAUCGUCGCGGCCUUACUGUGUGUCUUCAGUGUGCAGAAGCGGAGUGACAUCUACCAUGUGAACCAGGGGAACACUUGGUUGCCCCUGACAUCUAAGCAGCCCGAGGUAGUCACCUCGGGCGAGAAUCCAUCCUGAGCCUCCAGCUGGGGUAAUGCUGGACCAAGGACGAUGGGGGUUUGGCGGUAUCC